AUGCCUAAGCCUCAAAAUAUUCAUGAGUUAAAAAGUCUCCAAGGAAAGUUAGCCUACUUGAGGAGAUUCAUCUCAAAUAUAGCGGGAAGAUGCCAACCAUUCAGUCAUCUCAUGAAGAAAGGUGCUCCUUUUAAUUGGGAUCAAACAUGUAGUGAUGCCUUUAAAAGUAUCAAAUCGUAUCUAGCGAAACCUUCGGUUUUGGCAGCCCCUAUACCUGGAAAGCCAUUGAUACUCUACAUUGCGGCACAAGAAAGGUCUGUAGGAGCCCUGCUAGCUCAAGAGAAUAGUGAAGGCAAAGAAAACGUUCUUUAUUACUUAAGUAGAAUGAUGACACCGAAUGAGCUGAACUAUUCGCCAAUUGAAAAGUUGUGCUUGGCACUUGUCUUCUUAAUUCAAAAGAUGAAGCAUUAUUUUCAAGCGCAUGUUGUCCACCUCAUUUCUAGAGAAAAUCCCAUCAAGUUUGUUAUGUCAAAACCUCUCCUUAGUGAUCGACUAGCAAGAUGGUACUUCCAAUUCCAACAGUUUGAAAUUGUGUACAUCCCUCAGAAAGCUGUGAAGGGACAAGCAUUAGCGGAUUUCUUGGCAGACCAUCCGAUACUCGAUGAUUGGGAAUUAACUAAUGAUCUUCUUGAUGAAGAUGCGAUGUCUAUUGAAAUUCAACAUCCUUGGAAAAUGUACUUUGAUGGGGCUGCACAUCGUGGCGGAGCUGGCGCUGGUGUAGUGUUCAUCGCUUUGCAAGAAGAGAUUCUACCAUUCUCCUUUACUUUGAAGCAAUGUUGUUCUAAUAAUGUCACUGAUUACCAAGCGUUGAUACUUGGACUUGAGAUGGCCAUCGACAUGAAGCAAUUACACUUACAAGUCUUUGGUGACUCUCAGUUGGUUAUCAACCAACUCUUGGGAAGUUAUGAGGUGAAGAAGCCCGAAUUGCAUCCUUAUCAUGACUAUGCUCAAAAGUUGAUAGGAUGGCUUGGUGAUGUAACCCUUCAACAUGUGCGUAGAAUGGAAAAUAAGAAAGUUGAUGCAUUGAUUGCCCUGGCUUCAACGCUAACCCUUCCUGAUCAAACACAAGUUACUAUUUGUCAAAGAUGGAUAGUACCACCGUCACAUGAGGAAGAAUAUAUAGAAAAUGAGCUUGAGCAUCUCAUUUCCAUUUCUGAAGCCGUAAAGGAAGAUUGGAGACAACCCAUUAUUGACUACAUGUGUUAUGGGAUACUUCCAGAAAAAACAAGGAGAAGGACUGACAUUCGUCGUCGUGCACCUCGCUUCCUUUACUACAAGGACACAUUAUAUAGAAGAUCAUUUGAGGAUGUACUAUUACGAUGUUUGGGAGAGGAAGAAGCAAUUCAAGCUCUGCAAGAAGCACACUCAGGAGUAUGUGGAUCACAUCAAUCUGGAUCGAACCUCCACUUUCAUAUAAAGAGGAUGGGGUAA